GGUUCCAUGUCGUCCGAUAAAGGAUUUGAGCUAAUAAGAGAGUUUGAACGUUCGACCGAUCCUAUACCAGCGUUUAAUGACGAUGGCGUACGAUCGGUACUUGAGGACAUUUCAAAGAUAUACCAGGAAAACUAUGCACACGCCAUCACGUUCAACGAGACCGGAGAUCGUAAAUUUCUGCCCCUCGUUAUGUAUCGUCACAAUUUGAUAAAACGCCAGAAACGAUGUGUGCUCGCCUACCUGGCAAAUCGUUUACAUCGUCUUAAACGGCUCCGAUGGCACGUAGGUCCAAUUUUACCGCCAGAAAUCAAAGCUUGCAUCAACGAGCCAGAAUCGGUGUGGUUUAAUAAAUACUCCAGAAUACUGGCCGAAUAUAUGGCCUCCAUCCAUGACGGGUAUGGGCUGAACCUGACGAACGACAUUAAACCACCGAAAUCACUGUACAUCGAGGUCCGCUGCCUGACCGAUUACGGGAAGUUUGAGCUGGAGAAUGGGGAGAUAAUACUGCUAAAGAAGAACAGCCAACACUAUCUACCAAAGUUUCAGUGCGAACAGCUGAUUCGACAAGGAAUUCUGCAACACAUUACGUAGC